AUGCUGAAGCAGUAUCCAAGUCCAUCUGAUGUGGGAGAGUCCUGCAAAAUAGAUUUGAUGGUGAAAAUGGUGCCAUGGGGACCGAUGACAUGUAAUGAGAAAUGUUCAUAUCAGAAACAUGAGAGUGAAGUGGUAAAGGGGAUUCACAUCAAAUGGCGUGCUGAUCGUUGUGGAGUGGCGAACGGAGGGGAACCUAGUUGCUGGUUUGAAAAUGCCACUAAUAUGAUUCUCUGUCAUCGGGAUGCAGAAAAUCCUAUUUCUGCAAUGUUCAUUGGUGAGCUUCGUGGAUUUUUAUCUCGACUUCUCUUGGAGGUACUUGGAUACAGGUAUGUGCCAAUCAAGGUACUCAUAAUUUCCUCAGUUACAGCUAUAGCAUUUUCCCCUCCUUUUUGUUACAUCCCUAUUGUUAUUGAUCCUAUGGACUGUGUUGCCUAUUGGUUUGCAGCAAAAUUUGCUUUGGGAUUCCCAAUUUUUGUGGGGUUUCUAAUAUAUAAUAUGAGAAGGAGGCAUUUAUCUGAGUAUGAUGACAUUGAGGACUUCCUACGAAGUCACAGCAAUUUAGUGCCCAUCAAAUACUCUUACUCUGACAUAAGAAGAAUGACAAAAAAUUUCAAGCAUAAGUUAGGAGAAGGGGGUUAUGGUUCUGUAUAUAAAGGAAAGCUUCGAAGCAAGCGUGAUGCGGCUGUUAAGCUAUUAGGCAAGUCAACAACGGAUGGGCAUGAUUUCAUCAAUGAAGUUUCCACCAUUGGAACUAUUCGUCAUGUAAAUGUGGUGCAACUGAUAGGAUUUUGUGCAGAGAGAAGAAAGCAAGCUCUUGUUUAUGAGUUCAUGCCAAACGGAUCUUUAGAUAAAUACAUACUUUCUGAGCAUGAAAAAUCAUCAAUAAAUUAUGAGAAGAUCAAUGAGAUUUCUUUAGGGGUGGCUCGUGGGAUUGAGUACCUACAUCAAGGUUGCGACAAGCAAAUCCUACACUUUGAUAUCAAACCUCACAAUAUUCUUCUUGAUGAGAAUUUUUCUCCCAAGAUUUCAGACUUUGGAUUGGCAAAACUAUAUCCAACAGAUAAAAGUAUUGUGUCUCUAACUGCAGCUAGAGGCACAAUGGGAUACAUGGCUCCUGAAUUGCUGUAUAAAAACAUUGGAGGCAUCUCACACAAGGCUGAUGUUUAUAGUUUUGGGAUGAUGCUGAUGGAAAUGGCAGGAAGAAGAAAGAACUAUGAUGUUGUGCAGAAUUCGUGGCAGACUUACUUUGCGAAAUGGGUUCAUGAUCAGUUUGAAGAAACAAUAUUUAAAAGCAAUGCCACAGAAGAAGAGAAGAAGAUAGCCCAGAAAAUGAUUACAGUUGCUUUUACUUGCAUACAGCUGAGCCCAAGUGAUCGCCCCUCAAUGAGCAGAGUAGUGGAGAUGCUUCAAGGAGAUGUUGAUGUCUCAGAGAUCUUCAGAGCAUAGUACGAGAGACAGUUCGAUUUUAACAUAAGAUGUGUAAACAAGUUCUUAUAAUUAGAAUCAGAGGUAGUAUAUAUCAAUCUAAGAAAUAUUGUAAACCUAACUCUAGAUCAUUUUCUUAUGGUUUGAAAAUUUUCACGCAUUAGUUUUG